UAGAGAAGAAAUGCCCGACACGGAAGAUGCUCAGGGUGGAGCACCGGACUCCACUCAAGCAGAAGAUUAUAGCGAGUACAGACUUCCCAAUGCAGUGACAUCAGAAGAACUUGACCUCUCCACUGUUCGUGUCUGUCUUGUAGUGAACGGAUUGCAAACCAAACUGUUAAGCGGCAAGCCAAAGAAUGCAGAAGUCCAAGUGAAUUUUCAAGAGAGAUCAUUUGAUGUUACUGCAAAAGUUACAGUUGACAAGAAAAAGGUUAUUAAAUACAGAAAGGUUGUCAAGAAAUUGCCCGGAGAAAUCGAUAAAAGUAAAUGUGUUGUCAAGUAUAAGAAAGAUCAAAUCAUCUUGGAUCUGAAGAAGACUGAGGAAUACUCGUGGGCAGUACAGCUGUCAUCGUCAGGCUUAGAUCAGUCUCCGGAUGAAGAUUAGUCAACACUACUGUCAAACCUGUCUAUGAAAAUUGUCCUGUAUUAUACUAACACUGAUGUUAAUGAACUGGAGGCCUUCUUAUACAAGUGUACUCAGUAUACAGGUUUUCAUUAAAUGAGGUGCUUAUAACUAGUUUGUUGGCACUACCACCAAACCUCCUAUAAAAACCACUAAUUAAUAUACAGAAACCAGUUUUAAUGAGCUUGGUGGCCUUCUUAUACAAGUGUACUCUGUAGACAGGUUUUCAUUACAUACAGUGUUUUUAACAGGGUGUUUUGACACUACCAUUAAACCGGUCUAUAAAAAAACUAAUGCCAAAAACUAACCUUAAUCACCAGGUGGUUGUCUUAUACAAGUGUACUCUUGUAAACAGGUUUUCAUUUCAUUAUAUGAGAUUUAUUAUAGCAGGUUUGUUGGCACUACCAUCAAACCUGUCUUUAAAAAGACCCUCCCUGUAAUAUACCCCCCCCCCCCCCACACACACACACACACACACACAAAAACAACAACUUAAUGAUUGGUGACAGUCUUAUACAAAUGUCCUCUGUAGACAGGUUUUUCGUUAUAAGAGGUGUUUAUAACAGGUUUGUUAGCUGUUGAUGUUCACAGAAUCUACAAUUUGACCGGGACAUUUCUUGCAUUUUGUUCAACUGAUUUGGCUAAAAUCAGGGCACGAACUUAAUGACGGCACGGACGGCAAUUGCUGUCGUUGAGAUGUGAAUUGCCAUCGGUAAAGUUCCUCAACAAUGGCAAAAUGUAUACACCUGGUGUACAUUAACUGCCAGUAUUUAACAUUUUCACAUUUGAAGUGUCUACAUACAGCAAAAUAGCUUUUGAGUUAUGUUUAUUUGCUGCAAAUGUUACUUUUUAAAAAUAUUGCCAUACGCAGGCUCAAAAUUGCUGUUGGUAGGCCAUUUCACCCAUGGCAAUUCUAUUAAAAAUUGCUAUGGGAGACAAAUUCUUAAGUUCGAGCCCUGAAAAUUAUUAGAUCUGAAAUGAUAAGGAUGAUUGUCAGUCUGCAUUAGUCUAUCUUCACCUUUCCACCAAUCUAAUACCUGGUCAGAUAAAUGCAGCAAAAAGGAAAUAGUUGCACCAUCAAGAAAUGUGGAGCAUUUUCAGAAAUUAGUUUGUUUUCCUAAUUAAGCAUGUGUGCCAAAGUUACAUAAAUAUGUUACUUUGGUCUGUAUAAUAUUUUGGUAAAACCAAAAGUCAUUUGCAUGUACAUAAUACCGUAUGUAAUAUAAAAUGUAAAAAAUGACAAGUUAUUAUACUUUUAACAUUUUCACUGAUUAUAAUGCAAUCGUCACCUGCUUAUUUGUCAUAAUCACUGUUUAAAACAAAUCAAGAAAUUACGUUUUGUUGUCGAUUGUAUGAUUGUUAAUUUUAUCCAAGUGCCAUGAAGGGAAGUAACUCUGUUGUACUUAAUCAUGAAUCUUACUUAAGUGGCCAAAUUGUUUGAGUGAGGAAUGCUUGAUGAAUCCAAGCAGUGCUUCUUUUGUAUAGCAUUUCACAUAUGUAUCACUUUGAAUACACUUCAUAAUACGAAAACUACUUUAGUAAAUAUUUGAAUUUUCAUUGCAAAAGUUGUUUUAUUUUAUAAAUUAAAUAUAGGUCACAAUAUAGUUAAAGGGAACAAUAUUACAAAAUGUUAAGUAACCGAAAGUUAUUUCACAUUAUUUUUUACCCAGGUGACAAAUUGUUUGGUUACAUGAUUUAUAUUUGCAUAGCUGGUAAAGAACGAGUUAUGUAAUCAGGUAUGUAUUACCACAAAUAAAUGUUGGGUCUCAUGUUGGGAAUUAAUGUGCUUAUAUCAAUUUAAUGUUCAAGCACAUUUGUUGCAAGCAAAAAUUAUGACCAGAAAUUGUACUCUGAGUAAGAGGCCAUGGGGAAAAAAAAAAAUAUUGUACAAAUUAUUAGAUUAAAAUGCUGAAUUGAUUAUUAAAUUAUUAUUUACAUAAAAUUUAAAUUGAGUUUAUGCAAAACGUUUCUAAAAAUAUAUAUAUACAUGUAAUCCUGACAAGUACUGUAAUGCCUUUAAGCAAACUGAUUUGCAAAGAGAUGGUAUUUCUUUAGUUGACCACUAAUGUGCUGUAAAAUCUAAAUCAAGUGAAGAAUAUUUUUGGAAUAGUCUGCAACUGUUCAUUUUAAAAUGUUGUAAUAUUAUGUACUUUUAUGGUUUUUGGAAUUAUAAUGCAUAUAUACAAUGCUGGCUUUGAAAUAAGCAUACCUGUAGAGUUUGGUAAUCCUUGUACAGAUUACCACGAAAUACAGAUCUGGUAACCUGGGCCCAGUUUUACAAAGCGAUCUUAGUGAUAAGAUAUCUUUGUAAAACAGGAGAUUAUGACAGAUUUACAUAGCUUUUAUAAUGCUAAUGAUAAAUGAAGGUUGUGGGAUGACAUUUGAAAUGUCAAUAUUUAUACAUUUUUCAAUUUAUUAUUAUUAUUUUUUUUUUACAUAUACAGUAGAAUCUCAUUGGCUCGAACGCCCAACGGUCGAACCUACAUGUAUUCUAAAACCAAGAAUAAAGUCCUGAUUUUUCUCUCUAUUAAACCCUUUUAUUUUGGUACUAAUUGGUCGAAUACCCCUGGGGUCGAAUAGAAGCUUUCUCUCGAACCAAUUUAUUGGUCCGAACUGUAAAAUUAUACAUAUUUAGCUCGAAUGGCUAAGUCUAUCCGAAGAAAUAUAAAAACUAAUUUAUGUAGGAAUGACAAUCAUGUUCCAGUUUUAUAUAUUCUCUAUUAUAUAAUUUUGUCAAUCAUAUUUCAUAUGAUAUUCCAUAUUUUCUCAACGUUGUCAAUAUGUCGCAAAAGAUUUUACAGCAGCAUAAUAAAGAACGACUUUUUAAAUUAAUAAAUAUUUAUAAAUAGAGACUACCAGUAUGUUUUUUAUUUGUUUAUUUAACGGUGAUAAAUAA